AUGACACCAGGGUGCAGCCGUAUUCCUUCACACAGAGAUCAGCCACCAGUUCCUCAUACCGAAACAGCUUUCUUUCAUGAGCCUCUUCAAUCCUUCCUCCCAUACCACCGUCAGCUCGCCAAGAAACAGAUCUUUCUUCUCGCUAUCAAUCAAAACUAUAUCUGUCCUCAGUCCAGACAAAAUAAUCCUCCCCUAGUAGGUGUAGCAUCAACCAACACUGUCCACUUCUUUGAACCCUCUGAACUGGUUUUCUACCUUGUGUCAUUAACAAUUGGCUUCAGGAAGGCAAUCCUUCACAGAGGAAAGCCACUUGAUAAUUUGGUGACUGGAAUCAGCUUCCAAAAAAAGGAUCCUGCUGGAGACUGUGGUAUUCCUCCUGGUCGCGACAUUCCGACGACUUAUCGGCUACUGUCGUACGCUUCUUUGUCGCUGAAUCACCACAACAUUUCAUCAUGGUCUGGUGUAUCUUGA